AUGGAGAAGUGCAAACCAGCUUCGAACCCAAUGGAUUAUGGCACUAAGUUGACAAAAGAUGAGGGGGAAUUUCUACCUGACAACAACACAUAUAGGAAGUUAAUUAGCAAACUCCUUUAUCUGGCUAACAUAAGGCCAGAAAUCAGUUUCGCAAUUGGCAAGCUCAACCAAUUUUUUGAGAAACCAACCACUUCACACCUUAAGGCAGCAUAUAGAAUUUUGAGAUACAUCAAGAUGGCACCUGCAACCGGGUUGUUCUUCCCGUCCAAGUCUGACCUGCUAGUGUCAGGAUUUAGUGACUCUGAUUGGGCGGCAUGCCCUGAUUCACGAAGAUCCAUAUCUGCCUACUGUUUCUACAUUGGAAAUUCGAUUGUUUCAUGGAAAAGCAGGAAACAAACGACUGUGGCAUCAUCCUCUGCUGAAGCAAAAUAUUGA